UCGCUACUGUGUCGCAGACGCCAGCGGCGUGAGUUGGCAUGCGUUUAGGAAGUUGUCAGUAAUCGCCGAAGGUUCAUUAGAUUUUUUUCGAUUCUUCGUCUGAGCUCUCCGUUACAUUCCAUGCGCAUCUGCAUUGUGAGAUAGUAACAGUCGAUGAGCGCAGAGCAAAUCGCGGCAGUAUGGCACAACAUAUCAGAAAAGCGGCGUUAUUUUUAUUCACUCAGGAAUGCAUAAAGGAGUACUUCGACAAAUUCAAUUUUCUCCACGUCGGAUGCUUCAAGACAACGUUGAGCAAAGGUUUAGGACUGGGCAUCAUUGGAGGUUCCUUGCUUGUGAAAAUACCACAAAUAGUGAAAAUUCUAAAAAACAGAAGCGGCGAGGGAAUCAAUGUCUUCAGCGUAUUAUUGGAUUUAUUUGCUAUCACCGCGAUGUCUUCCUAUAGUUUCAUUAGUAGAUUUCCAUUUAGUGCCUGGGGAGAUGGAGUAUUUUUAGGGUUUCAAACUUUGAUCAUUGCAGUCCUAGUGAUGCAUUACAAUGGAGAAACAGCAAAAGCAACUGCGUUUCUCUCUGCUUAUCUGGCAGUAAUUUUUGCAGCUAAUAGUGGGCUAACCCCUAUUCAUGUCCUCUGGGCAUGCCAAGCAAUGAAUAUACCUAUUGUUCUUAUAAGUAAGUUUAUACAAGCCUAUACAAAUUAUGUCAAUGGAAGUACCGGCCAGUUAUCAGCGGCAACGUGCUUUAUGCUCUUCUUUGGUUCUCUUGCGAGAAUUUUCACUUCCAUUCAAGAAACGGGUGAUGCCACUAUGAUAACAAUGUACAUGUGUUCCACUCUGGCGAACGGCAUAAUAGUGGCACAGCUUCUUUAUUACUGGAAUAAUAGAUAAAAAGAAGCAAAGAAAAGAAUCAAGAAGAAGAGCUAAGAAUGAAAGAGAUAGGAAUGUUUAUACUUGUGCGCAUGAUUGAUAAUUUACACAAAUCAUCUAAACUAAUAUGUAUAAAAUUUUGCAUAAAUGAUAUUUUGCAAAGUUAAUGCAACGAUGGAGAGGUGAAAUCAGUUUCCACAAAUAAAUUUCUGAAAAUGUUUGUAAAAACAAUAUCUAGUAUUAUACAUAGGUAAUUUGUAAGAAAAAGUUAAUAUUAUUUAGUAACCUGGGGUAGGAAUGAUAAUGCUAAUUAUGUUUUUAUCAAGGGAUAUGAAAAAGACAAUAUAAAACACUUAUUAAAUAUACACAAUUAGAGAAAACUGGAUUAUUGUUGAAUGUGUUAAUUUAUGCUUGUUAAAUUUCUCUGGUAUAAAACGAUGCAAAAUGUUCCUUUUGUACUUAUUUUACAAGAUGUAAAAUAAGUUUAAUUCAUAUGUCUUCUGUUAUAUACAGUUUAUAAUUGUUAAUUCUUGGUACAUAUUGUUAUCAAGGGAAUCAUUUAUAUAUUAAAUUAUUAUAUUAUUGAA